AUGCUUACGCAGCUGCGGAGAAACCCGAGAAGAGAUGGGGAAAGGACUCCAAUGUAUCUGAUACUAUGGGCUGUGCGUGAGCUCUCGUCCGCCACCCUAUUGAUAUACAUCAAUAAAGCUCCUCCAAAACAUACAGUGACCCGACGUGAUUCGCUACCCUGCCAAACCUUCAUCGUAACUCACCUGGCUGCCUUUGACCUAGUGUCAUCGUCGCCCCUUGACGACCGUCUGUUCAACCAUAACCCGACCUUCCACUUUCAACUCUUGAGUGUAGAUUACCAUGGAUCCACAAUCCGCAGCCGCAGAGGCGCCAUACUCUCCAGUGCUGAUGCACCUAAUAUUAGCGACCUUUGGCAGAAGAAGCAGAGACUCCCAAAACCCUGGCAGCUAUCCUCCAACCCCCCGACAUACACCCCGAAAACCGCGCAAUACUACGGAGCCAAGAAUCUUAGGACCCCUCAUUUCAUACCGAUGAGCGAAACUCAUUCAAACUGUCAAGGACUAUUCAGGGGCGACCAAAAGACGGAUAUGAAUUCUAAAAAGGAUGCCGAUAUUGCAAUUUUGAUUGCAGAGUUGGAAGUAGAGGCCUGGGCGUCCCGUAAAGAUGCAGGUGGAGGAAGCCCAGGCGCCAAGGGCUUCAAGCUCGGAGGCUGUCAGCAGGAAUCCCUGAUCACAGAAUACUCAAGAUUGCGGAAAACAGUCCCCCCAAAUAAGCGAUUGCGUUUUGCGCCGGAAAACGGCCCUAUGUCUUUAUCAAGCCUUACCUCCUUUCCUAGCGUUGCACUCCCCGGCACACCAAAGAAACGCCUCCGCUUCGUCGACAACGACAAAAAGAUAGACACAAGACAAAUGACCUAUAAAGCCACUUGGGAGCGAAUCCUAGGUCCGGAUGAAUCGAGCCGCAACGUUCCGGCAGAAAACCCCUCAACCUUCCACUGUCUCAACUCGCCAGAAUCGCAAUUCAUCAAGUUACUGCCACCAGGUUUCACUGACUUCCCGAGAGACUCAAGGGGAAGCGCUCUCCGCCACUUGAAAAUCCUUAACGCCAGCCCACUAAGCCCCCAUUCACAGCGCUCACCAAAACGACGAACGCUCACCGAUGUCCUGCUGAAAGCGCUUCCCCAGCCCCCACUCUCGGUCGCAAUACCGCAUUCCAACGCCUCAGCCGCGGUCGCGCACCAAAAAGCCCCAAAAGGAGAGACAGGGGGGAAUCCAAUCUUCAGAAAACCGCGCGCUGCUACGAUUCUCUCUGGCAUUGGGCCACCAUUAGGGAACGUAGAGGGUGUCCGGCGACAGAUGCAGGGUUUGGGAGGAGUGGUCCGAAAUAUGCCGCAGACGAUUAGCAAUACAGCUGUAGCAUCCGCGCAUAGGAAUCCCGUUGACUUUAGGGGUGAGUAUGCGGAGAAUUCGGAUCUGGGAUUUAGCCUCGCAAUGUGGGAGUCUGCAAUCGAUCCUACGGAAAUGGAUUAUGAGUGUAAGUGGAAUAUGAGGAAAGUUGAGGUGAAAAGUCUGACUGUUAGCUUAAUCACACCGGUAGAAGAGAUUAGAUUGACGGAGAAGCACAAAGAUAUGGAUGGAUAUCACAGGAAGUGCAAUAGCAAAGGUGCUAUACUACAUAGCGCAAAACUGAACAAUCCUGGAGAGCCAAUGGCUCAACCCUACUCUAACACCCUCAUGGCCAUUCAUUGGAACAGGCCUGAAUAUCCAUUUUUUCUUGCGGGAAAUCGAUGAAGAGAUCACCGCCAUUGCAAAUUUAUCCUAAAACGCAUCGACCUACGAGCUCUCUGGUUCCAAGUCGUCUGGCGGUGGCUCCUUGUCGGCUACGAUAUCUGCCUUCUUCUCCACC